UGUAAACCACCCAUUGCUAUCAGGAGGAGGCCCAUUGUGGACUGAGGGAAUAUGGAGUUCUAACUUUAUACCCCCAUCGGAGGACAUAAGUACAAAUUUAAGUUGGUCCUCUACAGAAUGAGCUUGCUACUUCAUUACAGGUGGCUUGGGCCAGCCCAGACGGAGGGAGUCUAUACCCCUGCAGCACCCCUAGUUGCCAAAGGGCAUUCGGGGCCAGUUUUGACCAAGUCUCCUCAUUGCCUCCAUGAGGGAGCCUGGGGCUCAGUUUCUGCAACUGGAUCUGCUCGUGGGGACACCCUGCCCCCACUUCCACACAGACAUCCGUCGAAAUCUGCCUUGGUGGAUCUAAUCAGAAUAAUGUUCAACAUAAACCCUUUGGAGAACCUGAAGGUUUACAUCAGCAGUCGCCCUCCUCUUGUGGUCUUUAUGAUCAGUGUAAGCGCGAUGGCAAUAGCUUUUCUGACACUGGGUUAUUUCUUUAAAAUCAAGGAGAUCAAGUCACCGGAAAUGACAGAGGACUGGAAUACUUUCCUUCUGAGGUUUAAUGAUUUGGACUUCUGUACAUCAGAGAAUGAAACCUUAAAACAUCUCAUCAAUGAUACCACAACUCCAGAAAGUACAGUGACUAGCGGACAAGGCAGAUCUUCUACACAAUCGCCACAGACUCUUGAGGACUCUGGUCCAGUAAACAUCUCUGUGACAAUCACUCUGACACUGGACCCGCUCAAACCAUUUGGCGGGUAUUCCCGUAAUGUCACACAUCUAAGUUCCACAAUUUUGGGGCAUCAGAUUGGACUCUCAGGCAGAGAAUCCCAUGAGGAGAUAAAUAUUACAUUCACCCUGCCUGCUGCUUGGAAUUCAGAUGACUGUGUUCUCCAUGGUCACUGUGAGCAGGUGGUAUUCACAACCUGUAUGACUGUCACAGCAGCCAGCAGUGUGUUUCCUGUCACAAUUCAGCCACCACAUUGUGUUCCUGAGACGUACAGCAAUGCUACCCUCUGGUACAAGAUCUUCACUACAGCCAGGGACUCAAAUACAAAAUAUGCACAAGAUUAUAACCCUUUCUGGUGUUACAAAGGAGCCAUUGGAAAAGUCUAUCAUGCUUUAAAUCCCAAACUAACUGUUGUAGUUCCUGAUGAUGAUCGCUCACUAAUAAACUUGCAUCUCAUGCAUACCAGUUAUUUUCUUUUUGUGAUGGUGAUUACAAUGUUCUGCUAUGCAGUUAUUAAAGGUAGACCAAGCAAACUGAGGCAAAGCAAUACAGAGUUCUGCCCUGAAAAAGUUGCUUUGUCAGAAGCAUAAUCCAUCUCCUCCUUUUACUGAAAAUGGCUGAGAACCAUAAUCAUUGCCUGCUGAACCCAGACUGGGUCUUAAGACUUUGUGAAUACAUUAUCUUGCAAUGUUGGUUUAUUCCAACCAAAGACAUUUCAAGUGCCUGUAAUUGAUUUGUACAUAUUUAUAAAAGUAUAUUCAGAUGAUGCACUUGUUCCGCAUAGUAGUGCGGCAAGAAUCUUUACACCUUUACCUGUGGACAUAGCUGAAUGUUUGUGUAGAUAAUAGAUAUGUUUAGUGAUAAGGAUCACGUAGUCAGAGCAAGAUAUUUUUGUCUAGCUGCAUCUGGGCAUGUUAAGAUGCCUUUCCAAAUGUCUCAAACAAUACAAACCCUUUGUUUUUGCCCAAUGAUAUGUACAGCGUGUUUGAAACAGUAUGCAUCUUUGAUAUAAUAUUGCAUUUCCAAAGCCACUGAUCUACUACAUAAAUUCAAUGUGUGUAUGUGGCUUAAUACUUUUUUCCACUUUCUCCUUGCUUGCAAGAAAAGAUAUCAACAUUUCUAGAUUUUUUUUUUUUAAAAAGAGAAAUACAUAUUCACAUUUUAAUACUGCUGUAGUUAGGACAAACUUGUGCUUUUAUCCAGAAUUUAAUAAAAAAGGCAAAGUCUUGUUUUAAAAUCCUUUCUAUUGCAAAGUGCUAAGUUUCACUUUUCAUGUGGCCUGCUGGAAUGGCAGAGCAUUGAUCAGCAUUGGGGUUGUAUGCAAAGCUUUCCACUUACUUUGCCUCCCCCCCCACAGGCUUUAAACCAGGAACUUCCUUGGAAUAAAAUAGCUUUUUAUAACCUGUCUAAAAAGUGGAUUUAAAAAAAAAGAUGCAUUCUAUUAAUAGUCAGUCAGUUGUGGCUCUAAGUAGCCUGGUGAAGUGCAAAUAACAAAGGGAAAAGGAAGAUACAGUAACUUAAGUGCUUCAUGUUGGACCUUUCACACAUCUCUAGCGGGCAGCUGAAAAUGACAUGUUUUUAUUAGCUUUGUCCAAUUUUUAUCUACUAUUGUCUACUGAGGGGAAGUUGACAACUAGUGGGCUAGUCCUGUUGUGAGUAAAUUGAGGGAAACCUUGCCUGAGAAAUUCGUAUUGGUCUUUGUGUCCAUUCUUAAAAUCAGAGCAGACUUGAUUUUUUUUUUUUUUUUGAGUGCUUUUGUUUUGUGGGUUUUUUCCCAUUUCUGGCUUAUUCAGUCUCCUUCCAGCCUGUCCUCCAGUUAGCUUUUUAAUUCUCGUAAGACAGAAGUUUCCUAUAGACAUUUCCACCACGGCUUUUAAAAUCUCACUGGUUGCCUUAAUGACCCUUCAUGUCGUCUUUCAGCCUUCCUGUCAGGUAGCGCAAUUAAAAAUGUGUGUACAUUUUUCUUUGAUAAGUUUCACACUGCCAUGUGAUACACGAAACCGUAAAUCCAAUUCAAAGAUUGUAAUCGCUGAUAUGUUGGCAUAAAAUCCUCUGUGUCUAGACACUGUUGAAUGCACAUUGUUGUGUUCUGAAGAUCAUUUUAUAUAUUGUGUAAAAUUGAUUUAGGACUUUAAUGUAUUGAAGAUUCAUAUGUUUCUUCAGAAUGUUUGAAGCAAAACAAUCAGACUUUUCUUCAGAAAAUAGUUCCUCAUAUAAUUGGGCUUGCUUUACACGGAGUAUUGGUUAUUUCACUACAAUGUGUUUUCUCCAGAUACCUUAAGAUUAAACUUUAGAGACAACCAUUUAGUUUGAAAUCCAGAAAUGAAAUAACUAAGGCUUCUAAUCUUCAGUUGAAGCUACCGUUCACUGGUAAAACUCCACCAACGAAGCAGUAAAUUUACUGAAUACAAAUAUGGAGAAAGCUUAAAGUGAAAAUCUCUUCUACUGCUCCUAACUUAGGCAUUCCCCUCCUUUUAUUUAGUACUCGUCUUUGAAACUGACUAGGGGGUAGUUCAGAACAGAUAACUCUGGAAGGAGGUUGACAUCAUCAUGUAAAGAUACUUUAAAUAAAUCCAAAAUCUGUUCUCUAGUUCAGCAAACUAAUGUCAAACCCCAAAAGCGCCAAACAGAACUACCUAGACAGUAAAACACAAUUGAGUGUGUUGGGGGAACAGGUUUUUAUAGGAGACGUUUUCGGUAAUUAGAGGGGCCAGCUUAAAAAAUACAUAGUCAAACCCCACAAACAACUGCACUGCAAUAAACAUUAAGCUCAGAUUGCAACCCACAAAUGCAAGGAGAUUAGCAUUACGGGCAUAUUUUUCAUUCUUAACUUAACCCUUUGUACCUAGUUAGUGCAGCCCGUAGUCACCCAGUAGGCUGAGACUUUGUCAUACUUACGAGUGUUGGAUUGUACCUAGGCCCAGCGUACAAAAAUUAAAUGCAGCCAAGCAGAAGGGUAAAAACUUAAUAUUAAAGUGGUUGUUCGGAUCAUAUUGAUCUUUCCUUUUUGUUUUCUUUUUCUUUUUAACUAUGACUUGAAUCAGUUUUGAUUCUAUUUGUAAGUGUUUUCUUGUUGGUAGAAAGCUGCCAUUUCUGUUGCAUUUUUCUUUGGCAUUACAUAGAAAGUCUGAGCCGUGGUUUACAGCCUUCCUCUGCAGGUAAUGUAGGGUUAAGAUGGUAUUUUUUUAAAAAACAUUUCACUUGUAUUGUUGCAUGAUGGUUAAUAGCUGAUUUGGUAAUGACACUUCUCUCCUAUAUUAAUUUUGUGUUUGUAAGAUGUGCAUAUUGCUUUGCAGAAUAAAAAAAAAUGUUUA